AUGCUCCCCGUGACUUGUUUGGGCCGAGCGCUGGACUCGAAUAAGCCGCUGGCGCCGCACUCUCGCUGGUUACACCAUAAACAGAGGCAGCUACAGGCGACAGAGUGGUCUCCAGACGAUGACACGCGGAGGUCCUGUCAGAGCAAAGGCAAAACUGAGAUGGAGUGUCAGAACUACAUCCGUGUUUUGUUGGUGAAUAAGACGGAGGUGAUGACCUGCGGAACCAACGCCUUCCAGCCCCUCUGCACCACCAGAGAGGUGGGAAACAUGAGCCGCGUCCUGGAGCGUGUGAACGGCGUGGCGCGCUGUCCGUACGACCCUCGCCAUAACUCCACGGCCGUCGUCACCGAGUCGGGCGAGCUGUACGCCGCCACCGUCAUCGACUUCUCCGGACGAGACCCCGUCAUCUACCGCAGCCUGGGCCACCUGCCGCCGCUGCGCACCGCCCAGUACAACUCCAAGUGGCUCAACGAGCCUCACUUCAUCUCGGCCUACGACAUCGGCCUCUUCACCCUCUUCUUCCUCCGUGAGAACGCCGUGGAGCACGACUGUGGGAAGACGGUGUACUCCCGCGUGGCUCGCGUCUGUAAGAACGACAUCGGCGGGCGCUUCCUGCUGGAGGACACCUGGACCACCUUCAUGAAGGCCAGACUCAACUGCUCUCGCUCCGGAGAGAUCCCCUUUUACUACAACGAGCUCCAGAGCACCUUCUACCUCCCGGAGCAGGACCUGAUCUACGGCAUCUUCACCACCAACGUCAACAGCAUCGCGGCGUCGGCGGUCUGUGCCUUUAACCUGAGCGCCAUCACACAAGCCUUCAACGGCCCCUUCCGGUCCCAGGAAAACCCCCGCUCCACCUGGCUGCCCACCCCCAACCCCAUCCACAACUUCCAGUGUGGGACCAUCUCUGAGCGAGGUCCGAACGAGGGUCUGACGGAGCGGAGCCUGCAGGACGCGCAGAGACUGUACCUGAUGAACGACGUGGUGCAGCCGGAGACCACGGACCCCCUGGUGAUGCAGGACGACGUGCGCUUCUCCAGCCUCGUGGUCGACAUCGUUCAGGGCAUGGACACGCUCUACCACGUCAUCUACAUCAGCACCGAAUACGGCUCCAUCCUCAAGGCUCUGGCCACGCCCAACAAGCGUCUGCAGGGCUGCUACCUGGAGGAGAUGGAGCUGCUGCCCUCUGGUCUCCGCCAGCCAAUCCUGAGCCUGCAGAUCCUCCACAGCGACCGCUCCCUAUUUGUGGGACUGAGCGAUCGGGUCCUGAAGAUCCCCCUGGAGAGAUGCUCCACGUACAAGACCGAGACUGUCACCCGUCAGUGUCACCCGUCAGUAUCAUCCGUCAGUGUCAUCCGUCAGUAUCAUCCGUCAGUAUCAUCCGUCAUGGAGGUGAAAGAUCCUGCUCCUCGACAGCAGCAGAAGUAG